UCUCUCUCCUCCGCUCUCCUCUCUUCGAUUUGUUGCGCGUGAGUCAUGAGCAAAGAGAGAAAAACGGUGGAGUGUCAUUGAGGCCUCCAGGAAAUAUUUACCAAGAUUACCAACAACGUAAAAUAGCCUAUUUGAUGCUCCUUUGACAAAUGGAUGUGUCAUUGUUUUGUUAAAAAAAAAAAAAAAAAAAACAGUGAAACUGUGUUAAAUACAUUUGUUGUGAUUUGUGAACGGUUAAUAAUCAACUUCUUACAUCAUUGUUUUAUCGUAUUUUUAAAUCGUAAACAAAAAUAGAAAUGAAGAAUUUGAUAAGAAAUUGAGAGCAGGAAAAAAUAUGAAGCUCUGUUGUGAUUGAGAGAAACUCAGUACUAUAUUUCCAUCAUGGCUAGUGAACAUUUAAGUGGAAAUGGAUAUUCACCACUUCCGCAAAGUAUCAGUAAUUCUGAUUCAGAAGAUGAGGAUGAUCAUCUUAAUGGACAUAAUCAUUCGAUUCAUAGAGAUUCGGAUGAUAUGACAAUGACGGAAUCACUGCAUAAAAAUGGCCAAUUUCAUCCGCUCGACGAGACCCAAAAUAUGGGAAAUCGAAUAAGAAAUGGAAGAAGUUCUCUAGGUUUUUGUAACGACAAUAUUCCAAUAAUGGUUUUGGAUGGAGAUGGUCACGAUUUAUGGAAGCGUCACGAUAUGUCGCCCGUGAGGCGAAUUUGCCUAGUGUUUUCGAUACUCCUCUGCAUACUGACAACCCUCGUAUUUUUGUACGUUUUGCCUUGUGAUAAUUCAAAAAUUUGUUCCGAGGCCUUAGGACCGAAAACUUCCCUAUCCUGGGAAAAAUCUUUAGAAGGUAUAGAAUUACAGGGUCCAAUUUCAGUACUCACUGGUAGACCAUCAAAUCUAAUUUUUCUCCUACGUGGACAGAAAUAUGGAAAUUUAAAUUCACAAGCAGCAGGUUUGAGAACCGAUGGCGGUGGAGUUUUAUCAAUGGAAGGAACCACAGGCGUUCCUUUAUGGUGGACAUAUCCAAAAGGUCCUCCAACCAACAUAAAUUGCCUCUUUCUGGAUGCAAAGGAUUCAAAAAAAUUAAAUUGCAUCGUAGUCGGAGAACAGGGACUUUUGGAAAAUAUUGAUCCAAUCACCGGAUAUAUUCGAUGGAUAUCGACAAAUCACACCGAUUCAAAUUUACCCUUACUUCUGCCGGAUGUUAAUUCGGAUAAAGUCAGCGAUCUCCUCACCGUUCAAUUUGGCAUCGAACCGAAAAUAAAAUUGAUCAUUAUUUCCGGUGAUACUGGAAAAACACUGAAAAGCUAUCCAAUCACAAACUGUGAAUCGGUAAAACUUCAUAGACUAACUUCGAAUUUCACAGUUCAGUAUUUUUGUAAAUCAUCAAAUAACCAGGAAACAUUGGAGUCAAUUGCCCUGGACGAAUUACUCUCAAAUUUGUCAUACGGACAAAGAAAGUACGAACCGGUGUCCAAUUAUUCCUUCACUAAUAAUGCGGCCUUAGGAGAAAUUCCAAACAUUUGGAAUUUAAGUCCUUUCUAUCGGCUCUAUGUAAAAAAUCAAGGAGAAUGUCCAAGUGAAAAAUGUCAAGUCAACGUGACAAUUACCGUUCAUAAACAGAACGAUACACGAAUAAUUUGGAGUCAUUUUGGUUCCGGUUCAUAUGCAUCAUUACCAACAGUUCUAAAUAAAACGGAUGAACCAUUAAAAUCAACAGGAUGUGUUUUGAAAUUUUGGCAUUGGUCAACGUCAAAUGAAAAGGAAGCUGAAGACGAAUUUGGUCUCGUGAAACGAACCAUAACCGAGAGAGUAUUAAUUAUUCUAAUGAGUGGUUCUGAUUUUCGUGCAUUUAAUGCUAGUCAAAGUGAUAUAAUUCAAUUGUGCAAGGGAGAUGUCUGUCAACCAAAUCUUCAAUCACAAAUACAGUCAAUGGCAGUUGUCGAUCUUGACAACGAUGGUUAUUCUGAAUUAAUAAGCUAUCGAUCGUCUUACGAAGGAUUAAAUUCAGAUAUUUUAUCAUCAAAAGUACAAGUAGUCAAACUUGACGCUGUUCUUUAAUAAUUAUUAUUAUUAAAAGUAAAGAAAAGCGGGUCAAAAAACAAGAGGUAAGUUAAAGGAGAAAAUGGACAAAUUUUCCCAAUUUAACAGAGGCUAUAAAAAUAUCGCGACGAUAUAAUAACCAAAAAUCGCUUAGUCAUUGUACUUAUAAAGAUAUUAUUUUCUACACCUUGAAAUAAAUUUUCAAUUUCAAAAUAAUACAUAUAACAGGGUUGUCACAGAUCAGGGAAAUUAGAGAAAUUUCAGGGAAUUUUAUUAAAUGUACUAAACAAAAAAUGAGAUUUCUAGAAUUUUCACAAAACUUCUGGUUUUUCGUGUCCCAAAAACUAAUACUAAUACCAAACAACUAAUUAAAAAUUUAUUUUAAAAAUAAAAUUUACAAAUUGAGUGAAAUUUUUUUUAAUUAAAUUGAAAACAAUUAAAUUUUAAGG